GAUCGGCGGCAGCCGAGAUUCAGCCGUCCGGCAGAGAGCUGGGGGCGGCUGAACCGAGCGAACGGACCAACGGAGAGAUAGACAGGGAGUUCAGAGGCAGCGGCGCGAGUCUCAGGGGGCAGAGCCCUGGUGGAGCCCCUUCCAAAACGCGUCCCCCCAGCUAAACCCCCGGGAGACAAUUCAGCCUCCCCGAAGCGAAGAGUUAGUGACAGAGACAGCCGGCAAAGUUCCCGCGGUGACUUUGGGGGCUGGGAGGAAGGGUCCAGAAAGGGGGUGAAAAGAAGCAGAAGAAGACUGAGACCCAAUCCGGAGAGAGCUUGGAGCGGGAAAGCCCCCCAGGUGACCCUCCAUCCUCUAGAGGCCUCUAGGAAAGCCUCUCCCACUCCCCAGCGGUUCCUGACACUCGCUCCCAGGUGGCCAGUCCUCCAGGACGACCGCAGCUCUCUACAGUGCUUCGGACAGAGCCGGAGGCCAGCCAAAGGGCGGGGAGGAAGGAGCCCGAGUGGGGCUACCGCGGGGUCUCUGUGUUCCCAACCGGUCAACCCAGACGGCGGGCGCAGAGGACUCUAGCCUCCCCUUCACCUGGACAGAGGUGAAGGAGGGAAGCAGGCAGCUAGGAAAGCCAGGACGGUGCCAACGUUGGGAACUUUCUAAGAGAAGGUGGGGGGGGCGGGAACAGGCCAAGGAGAUCCACCCAUAUGAAAAGGGGAGAACUGAGUGAGCUGAGGGCAAAACUGUUUGCCAGGGCGUAUGUUUUAGCUCCCCUGCAUUUUGCAACCCCCGACACCUGCCUUCGGUAAGCACGCAUUGCUCUUCGCCUCCCCCCACCCCCCAUUCGGCUACAGCAGAGCCAGAGCAGACACACCCCCCACCUCCACUCCCCACCUCACCCUACCUUCCAGUCCCUGGCUGCCGGCUUUAUUCUCUCUGCCUGUUUGUGGAAGAAGGCGAUUUGGGGAGGCUUCUCUGAGCUGCGCCUUGGAGUCGUCCUGAGGCCAGCGGCGCCCUCAGAGCGCUCUCCCAUGGGGUUCAAGUCUUCGGAGCCUUCUCACCUAUCUCAGCCCAUCCAGGCUAGCCCAGCCGCGGAGGGACCGGGGGGCCAGUGACUUGGAACAAGUACGAGAGCAGAGAUCGCCCGUCACCCCGCAGCCUUCAACAGGCUUCAGGACAAACCAUUGUGGCUGCAUCAGGGGGUCGGGACUGCCCCCUCCACACCCAGCCCCAAGCGAUGAUGAAGACGACGUCCAGUGGGAACUGCGCGCUCAGCGUGCCUGCCAAGAAUUCCUACCGCAUGGUGGUCUUAGGAGCCUCCCGGGUGGGCAAGAGCUCUAUCGUCUCCCGGUUCCUCAAUGGCCGCUUUGAAGACCAGUACACCCCCACCAUCGAGGACUUUCACCGAAAGGUCUAUAACAUCCGAGGGGACAUGUAUCAACUGGACAUCUUGGACACAUCAGGCAAUCACCCCUUCCCAGCCAUGAGGAGGCUGUCCAUCCUCACAGGAGACGUCUUCAUCCUCGUGUUCAGCCUGGAUAACCGAGAGUCCUUUGAUGAAGUCAAACGUCUCCAGAAGCAGAUCCUUGAGGUCAAAUCCUGCCUAAAGAACAAGACCAAGGAGACAGCUGACCUGCCCAUGGUGAUUUGUGGCAACAAGAACGACCACGGAGAGCUCUACCGCCAGGUGCCCACCAACGAGGCGGAGCUCCUCGUCUCGGGGGAUGAGAACUGUGCCUACUUCGAGGUGUCGGCCAAGAAGAACACCAAUGUGGAUGAGAUGUUCUACGUGCUCUUCAGCAUGGCCAAGCUCCCGCACGAGAUGAGCCCGGCCUUGCACCGUAAGAUCUCUGUCCAGUAUGGAGACGCCUUCCACCAGAAAUCCUUCUGCAUGCGCAGGGUAAAGGAGAUGGAUGCCUAUGGGAUGAUCUCCCCGUUUGCCCGCCGGCCCAGCGUCAACAGUGACCUCAAAUACAUCAAGUCCAAAGUCUUGCGGGAGGGCCAAGCCCGAGAGAGGGAGAAAUGCACCAUUCAGUAAGAAGAGAGGUGUGAGGAGGGCAGCCCACCUAAGCAGUGCCUUAAGGGAGAUGGCUCUGGAGAAUGCCCCCAGCCAUGCCUGGGGGAAGGGAGGGGACUGGGCAGCCAUACUGCCCUCUCUCCCCUUGCAAUGGGGAGCCCAACUGCACUGGUCACAAGAGCAGCAGCCCCCUGGGCUCUGUAAAUAUUUCUGGGUCUUCUCUGCCACCUCCACCCUCCCCUCUGAUUCUCCCUUUCUCUUAUUGGGAUAACUGACUCCCUUCACUUGGUAGGAGAAUACCUCUCUGCCAAGGAGGAAACAGAUGGGAGAUCCCAGUUGGCGUGAAUGUGAAUGGGAGCUUUCAUAUUUGGGAGGACAGUUUAUCACACAGAAUUCAGAAGGGGCAGGAGGCAGAAUCUCCAGGCCUUUCUCCAGAACUCAGUCCAACUGAGCCUCUGAACUGACCUUAUGGGUCACUGUCUCUUGGGUGAGGGCUGGACAGAGCAUUGGGCCUGGGGGCAUUUGGGCCACCGAGGUUGAAGUCUUCUGCUUUGGAGAGGGGUGCUCUGAGCAGGAGGGAGGUGAGACCUGUCUCAACUGCUGGGACACCCCCACCAGGAAUUUGUGACCUUAUUUUCUGCUGUUGGUUUUUUUUUCUUUCCUGCCGAUUCCCUCUCCCCAUCCUCCAACCAAAGUAGUGGUGUUUGUCUGUUUGAUAUGAAGUGUGUUUGACGUACCAAGAAUAUUUAUCUUCUGAAGCUCCUUGUUUUAUCAUUUGUCCUUUUUCUUAUGGCUGUUGUCCCUCGAGUGCGGACAGAAAUGGACACCAAAACCAUUGAACCAUCCUAAGGAGGCCUGUACCACCAUCCUUAGCCAUCUGCCACCUGUUCCCUUGGGGGAACAGGGAAUGCUUUUCCCAACAGCCCACACUUACCACCUGCCUUCUCCAGACAUAAGGCCCCUGCUCCUGUGCCCCCUCUCCCAGGUCUUUGCAGAAGCAGAGAAGUCUGACAGCCCAAGUCCAGCUCCAUUCCCAACUUCUCCCAGUGGCAGUGAUCUUGGGCAGUCUUCCUCUGCUCUCACAGCCUCAUUUUAACCCAUCUGAUUAGUAAAAGGGGUUCCUUUCCUCUUCAUACACAGAUUUGGGGAGAUUUCUGAGCAGAGUCUUGAUCUUAAGCUAGGGCUCUAGUCUAGUGGAAAAGGCAGGGGAUUUGGAAUCAGAUGAACUUUAGCUGAAAUCCAGCUCUGCCACUUAUUGAUCUACAUGACCUAGGGCUGGUCAUUUUCACUCUCUGGACCUCAGUUUCCUCAUCUGUAAGAUUAUGGUAUUAGAUUGGUUGGCCUCUGAGGUCCUUUCCAUCCAGGAUUAAAAAAUAAUAAUAACAACUGCUCGUCCUGUAGUAAUUUAAUGUUGGCAAAGUGCUUUGCUUUCCUCGUAACUAUCCAGUGAGAAGUAGAAGGGUGGGAAAUAAACACUAUUAUCCAUUUUGUAGAUGAAAAAGCUGAGGCUCAGAGUGGGCACACACUCGACUGGGGUCAAAUGGCAAAGCAGAAAAUUGAAUCUAGGUCUUUUGACCACAACCCUGGGGGCUCUUUCCAGAGCACCAUCCCAAGAACCUGCAUCUUGUCACAAUGGGAGUGGCCCAUGGUAUCCCAAUGUGGACACAAGGGAUGGGAUUGACUGUGGCAUAGGGAGGUGCUUUAUAAUUGGAUGUGAUUAUAUUCUAUAAACACUUCAAGCUCCAUAAAUCAUGGACUUAGAGAAUUAGUGGAAGAGACCUUAGGGAUCUUCUAGGCCAACCCUUCCAUUUUACAGAUGGGGAAAUUGAGGCUGGCAAAAUACUUCUUGUUUCUCCAGCAUUUUAAUAUUUAAAAAGCACUUUCCUGGUGACAACUCAGUAAGGCUGUGCAAGUAUUUUUUUUUUCAGUCUUCAUUUUACAGAUGAGAAAACUGACACUCAGCGAAGUUAGGUGAGUUAUCCACAAUCACAAAGCUAGGAUGUGUCAGAGCAAAGAUUUGAACCUAGGUGCUCUAAGUCAAGAUUCUAAUUCAGGUUCUCUAACUCCAUGGCACAGACGAAAGGGAACUGGAUUUGGAAUCAGUGGACUUGGUUUCAAAUCCUAACUCAACAUUUUAUAAACCUAUGUGAGCUUGGAAUCUGGGUCUGUUUCCCCAAAUGUAAAAUGAGGGGUUGGACUAGAUGACCUUUAAAUCUAUGGUGUUAAAUCUAUGACUCAAAAAACAGUGUUUUUUCCAUUUCCCUGUGAUUUCUGCCUAAGCCUGGAGAUCUGGGGGAUGAGAGGGGCUGGGGAGUGAGUGACUACCCCAAGAUCACAUGAUUAUCACUGGCAAAGACAGGUUUAGAACCAAGCAUUGCACCUCAUGCCGCCCAGCCAGCUCUUCUUCAGCCCAGCACCCACCUGCCAAAUCUAGGUGCUUUCCUAGGCAGUGAGGGAGAGAAGUGGGAGGUAAGCGUUAUUAUUCCCAUUUUGCAGAUGAGAAAACUGGACCUCAGAGAAAGCCAAGAGACUUAACCGGGAUCACACCACCAGUAAAUUGCAAAGUGGAGAUUUGAACCCAGGUCUUCUGGCCACAAGCCUUCGGGCUCUUUCUCGAACACCAUCUCAAGAACCUGCAUCAUGUCAUGAGAGGACUAUGGACUUAGAACUGGAAGAGACCCCUGAGGUCAAGUCCAUUUUAUAGAUGAGAAAACUGAGCCCCAGGGAAGUUAAGUGAUCUGCCCAAGUCACAUAGAAGCAUCAGACAUAGGAUUGGAACCCAUCUCUUCUGACUCCAGAAUACUCGGGUUCAUAGGAUUUCAAGCUAAAAAGGACUUUAGAGAGUAGAUUGUGUAUUAGCCCUGUUUUGCAGGUGAGGAAACUGAGGCACGGAGAGUUUAAGUGACUUGACCAAAGUCACAAAGAUAAGAAGUAGUGGAACCAGAUCUUCUGAUUCCAAAUUGAAAGCUCUUUUCAAUCAAUACACAAGGCUUCCCCCCAUCCAAGUACUGGUUGCCUCUGUAAACAGUCUGUAAAGAUAAUGAAUCUUCUUCAUAUGCAUAUAUAUGUGGAUAUGUAUAUACAUGAUGUAUGCACACAUUCAAAUGGAGAGGUCCAUGCACACUUCAACCCCAUCCCUAUGUACAUUCCAUUCACAUUCGGGACUUCAUCCCCUGCUCCUGGGCAUCUACCUGAUGUGGGCCGGUGAGUUCUCUGACACAGAAAUGCUCUCUCCAUCGUGACUUAACAAGGAUCCACCUUCCAUCCCUGCUCCCCAGCCCUUUUGGGUUGGAGGGAAACAGGAUGGGAGCAGUUCCACUCCUUUCCCCAGCCUCCUUCUUCUCAUUCAGUCCUGGAUGGUGGGGGCACAUGGCCCAGCCAGGAGCAGGCCUGGGGGCUGACUUUAGAAGUCACCAGCUGAGAGCUGAGAGGGGACCCCUGGGGCCAUCUAGGCUGAUGCUCCUUAUCCAAAGGAGGUAAGUGAGAUCCAGAGGGGAUGAGCACUCAGGGUCACACAGGAGGCGAGCGGUGACUCAGGAUGUGACUCCAAGUCCAGCGAGUUCUUCCGGCUACCACCGGGGAGCAGAGCCACAAUCUGGCUAAGUCCCUGUGUGACUGUCUUUCAGAGACUUUGCGUCUCUCCUAUAACAAGAUAAAUGCUUACCUGCCCUGGAGUACAGAAUUUCCAUGCAAUUUUAACAAUAAUAAUAAUAAUAAUACCAGCUGUUCCUACAGCUAUGUCAGCUGGGCAAAUCUAUUUCCUUGGAAAAAUUCUGUGAGGUAAGCAGGGUGAGUAUUAUAUGCCCAUUUUACAGAUGAAGAAACAGAGUCUCACAGAGGUACAGGAACUUGCCCCCAUGCGCAGCCAGGAGGAACUGGACCUGGAUUUGAACCCAGGGACCAACUGCAGGUCCAGGGCUCCGUCCACAACACUGUCCUGUCUCUAGGGCACGUAUGAAAAAGUGUCCCCGCUUGCACCCCACCCCACUGCCCACUUUGUCCCAAGGAAGCCACUCGGGGUUUCUCAGGUGCCCCUUCCCCCACCUCUCCAACUCCCCCAAUGUAAAUAUGUAUGUACUAUGGAUAAUUAAAGCUGACUUAUCUAUAAAACUCUCCCUCACCUUAUAUUUCCUCUCACCAAGGCAAGACUUCCCAUUGGGAUCUCAAACACAAUACAGGUCAAGGAGGCUGGGAAGAUAUAGUUAAUGAUAAAAAUAACACUAUUAAGAAUAUUAAUAUUGUUAAAAGUAAUAUUAUUGGGAAUAUUCUUAAUGGAUUUUAAUGUUAUUAAUGAUUAAGGUUGUUCUUAAUUGUUAUUAAUGUUAUUCAUUAGUAUUAAGAAUGUUAUUAAUAUUUAUAGCUCUUGUUAAUAUUCUUAAUACUAAAGACCUUUCCCAGAUUAGGUCUUAAUCACCAAUAGCCUGGGAAUGGGGUCAUCCAGAGCUGGAGGGGACCUCAGAGGGCAUCGAGUUUCACCCUGUCAUUUUACAAAUGGGGAAACUGAGGCCCAGGGAAGUAAAGAGAUUUGUCUGAGGUCCCAUGGUCAUAAGUGUUAGAAGAUUGCUCCUCUGACCCCAGCACCUGUGCCCCCUCCACCAUUCCACUGUCCCCUCCCUACGUGUCUCCUCCUCACUUCCCACUGGUGAUGCUCCUUUCUAUGGCUUUGUCAUUGUGUCUCUCAGUGCUUAAGCAGAUCAGACAUCGGGACCCCAAGGCUGAGUCUUUGGCUGUCAGCCUCUUAGGCUGGCCAUGGCCAGAGGGGACACUGAGCUAAUUCUUUGCCUUAUGUGUGAGAUAAUGUGGUGUAAUAUGUCACGGCCUGUGUGUACCACCACCUUAGACUGUCAGCCCCUUGAGGGUAGGGAACCAGUCUGCCUAUGUGCUCUGUAUAGUGCCUAGCCCUGUUGUGAGGCGCUCAAUAAAUAGUGGACUGCAAGAUUGUUUUCUUUGUCUUUGAAAUAGGAAGUAGCAGAUUUGGGUUGGAGGUCCAGAUGCAUUGUUUGGGGUAGGAACGGGCACACAGAGUGGAGCUCCUCUAACAGUGAAAAAUCUUGGUGGCUAAGAAAAACAACAGCUAUACACCAAGCCUGGUUCCAUGCAUAUUGGAUGGGGUAUUGGCUUGAACUCAGAAAGUCCCAAGUUCAAAUCCC